GAACCAGGAAACGGAACGCUUCUCUCCUGGGCAGGUGGAUGUGACCGGCUGAGGUCCGUCCGGUGUUUUCAGGCUUCAGUAUUAAGGACCACCGCCCCAGCAUGGGACUACUGUCAGACCCCACCAGGAGACGGGCUCUGAUCAGCCUGCUGACCCGCCUCAACGCCCCAAUCUGUGUGGUGUGCUACAUGGCGGGCGUGGCGUGGUUCAUGGGUCUGGCCUUCGAGCCGUUCACCCUGCGGACGUACAUGUCGGAGAACGCCAUGGGCUCCACCAUGGUGGAGGAGCGGUUUCCGGCCGGGGAGCGGGCGCUCGCCACGGGCCGGGAGUUCUCCGCUCACAAGAAGAGGGUCGGUGGGAUGCCCGUGGACUGGCUGGUGAAGACGAUGCAGGCUCGGGGCCUGGAGGUGUUCACCCAGAGGUUCUCCCGCACGCUGCCGUUCCCCGACGAGGACAAGGAGAGAUACAUGGUGAAAGGCACCAACGUUUACGGGAUCCUCCGGGCCCCCAGAGCCCCUCGGACCGAGGCCCUGGUGCUGAGCGCCCCCUGCAGCCCCGGAGACCACAACAACCAGGCGGUGGGGCUGCUGCUGGGCCUGGCGUCCUACUUCAGGAAUCAGAUCUUCUGGGCCAAAGACAUCAUCUUCCUGGUGAACGAGCACGAUCUGAUCGGCAUGCAGGCCUGGCUGGAGGGAUACCACCACACCAACACCACCGGUAUGGACUGGUCCCCCCUGCAGGGCCGCGCCGGCUCCAUCCAGGCCGCCCUCUCUCUGGAGCUCAGCAGUGACGUGGUCACCAGUCUGGACCUGAUCCUGGAGGGACUCAACGGCCAGCUGCCCAACCUGGACCUGGCCAACCUCUUCUACGCCUUCUGCCAGAAGAUCGGAGUGCUGUGCACCAUCCAGGGAAAGCUGCAGAGGAACGACUGGGACAGCGUGUCGGGCUACAGCCACGCCGUUCAGACCAUGAUGCUGAUGGUGCUGAAGCAGGCCAGCGGGCGGCCCUGGGGCGACCACGGCCUCUUCCUGCGCUACCACAUCGAGGCCGCCACGGUGCGAGGGAUCAACAGCUUCAGGCCCUACAAGACGGACUGCACCACCGUCGGCAGGCUGCUGGAGGGAAUGUACCGGAAGCUGAACAACCUGCUGGAGCGCCUCCAUCAGUCCUACUUCUUCUACCUCAUGCCGUCGCUCUCUCACUUCGUCUCCAUCGGAUACUACAUGCCGGCCUUCGGCCUGCUGGCCGCCAUCCUGCUGCUGCGAGCCUUAGACCUGUGGGUUCAGCUCUCGGCGGCACCGCAGAGAGACGAGGACGGAGUGACGGACGUGGAGCAGACGGCGCCCGGCGUGCUCUCCAUUCUGACGCCGCUGGUCAUCAGCCACCUGACCGGCGCCGCGCUCUACUCGCUGCCCGUGCGCUUCCAGGACGUCGCCGUGGAGCAUUUCCCCGUGUCGGAGACCGAGGCCGUGGUCCUGACCGCCAUCGCCAUCUACACCGCGGGCCUGGCUCUGCCGCACAACACGCAAAGGCUGCUCUCUGGUGAAGGCACGGAGCAGGGCUGGAAGGUGCUGAAGCUGCUGGCUCUGCUCUACCUGGCCGUCCUGCUCGGCUGCACCGCCCUCAUCAACUUCUCUCUGGGCUUCAUCCUGGCUCUCAGCCUGGUUCCUGUGGCGGCGUUCGUCACUCCGCACAUCCCCAAGCUGCUGUCGGCGGUGGUCCUGGUGCUCCUCAGCCCCGCCUGCACCCUCCUCUUCGCCGUCUUCUUCUUCCACGAGCUGCAGGAGACGCCGGUGAGCUUCCACGAGGGCUGGCUGCUGUACCUGUCGGUCAUCUCCCAGGGCAUCCUGGACCACUGCCUGUACGGCUCGCUGCUCUUCCCGCUGGCGGCGCUGCUGCUCUACCCCUGCUGGCUGCUCUUCUGGAACAUCCUCUUCUGGAAGUAGAGCCGCUCGCAGACGUUGGACUUUUCUGUUUUCUGACUGGACUUUGGCUGAAGAGGUUUUGGGGAGUAACGCUUUAUCAAAGCCAUCGGUGAUAAAUGUUCAUCAUUAAGACAAACUUUAAUUUUUCCAUUUAUUAAAGAAGGUUUUUAUAAAGUGUUACAGAUUUUUUUUUUUAAUUGAUACAAAGAACUGACUGUACAGUUUUUAUCUGAUCAGACUGUUGAUGACAGAAACUACUGGCAAGAUUUUUAUACAGUUUGUUUUUUUCCAUUUGAAAUGUGUUUAUUUCAUAUUUAUU